AGACUUCACGCGAGAAGGUAGCAAGGAGUCGAGGUGUCAUUGUUUGUGUAGUGCCGUGCCGCGAGUGUACUGCGUAUGGCGAUCUGACAAUACGGACUAGCCAUGGCCACGGCAAAAAUGAAGAUAGUUUUGCCGCUAGUCGUGUGGAUAACAAUAUUUACAAAUUAUGUACAUGCUCAAGGCGGUAUAGGUUUUGGAAUUAGGAAAGAAAUAUUCUUUUUAAAUUUAGAAGACGGUUAUUUCGGGUGUCAAGUGAACGAGUCGACGGAUGUCCUCCAACUCUACGAACUGUCGAGGAUAUGUGAUGGAACACCGGACUGCUACAGAGGAUCCGACGAACUCCGGAGGGAACUCAAAUGCACGAAUGACUGUCAUAAAAAGGAUGGUGUAAGAUGCCAGAAUGGCGCAUGCCUCGACUCCCAGUGCCACUGCAACGACGGGUAUGGAGGCUGCUCCUGCGAGGUGCCAGAUGAGAACGAGUGUAAAUAUCGACCUUGUGAUGUGUUUGCUCACUGCACUAACUCGCUAGGCAGCUUCCACUGCUCCUGUUUCCCUGGAUACCAAGGGGAUGGCUUUUACUGUCAGGAUAUCAACGAAUGUGAAGAUCCAGCGAUAGCUGCUCGAUGUGUCGAAAACGCCGAAUGUUGUAAUUUACCAGCUCAUUUUGUUUGCAAGUGUUUACCUGGAUUUGAAGGUGACGGAGAAGAGGAAUGUAGAGACAUAAAUGAAUGUGCUCAACCUGGCAUUUGUGGCCACAAUGCUGUAUGUCACAAUGUACCUGGAAACUAUACUUGUCAAUGCUUGGAAGGCUUCAAUGGAAAUCCCUUCGAUGGGUGUGAGGACGUGGACGAAUGUGCUUACGAAGGAGCUUGUGCACCGGGUGCCAUCUGUACCAAUGUGCUCGGAGGUCACCGCUGCGCCUGCCCACCUGGCUUCGAUGGUGAUCCACUUGUCUCGGGCUGUGUGGACGCAAACGAGUGUGCAAGGAACCCUUGCGGUAGAGAUGCGCUGUGCAGCAAUGUCCCCGGUAGCUUCAAGUGCUCUUGCCCCCCAGGAAGUAUUGGAGACCCCCUGCACUCUUGCACAGACAUUAACGAAUGCGAGUCAUCACCUUGCGGAGCGAAUGCUGACUGUAUCAACACCAAUGGAAGCUACACUUGCUCGUGUCCUGCGGGCUUCACAGGCCCUGCAGACAAAGAGUGUGUGGACAUCAACGAGUGUGGGCGGCCCAACGCCUGCGGGGUCAACGCAAAGUGCUUCAAUGUUCCAGGCUCAUUCAAGUGCCUCUGUCCGCAAGGAUUCAGCGGACAAGGACAUACGUUCUGCCAAAAUAUCAACGAGUGCAAGCAGAACCCUUGUGGAGCGAACGCCAUCUGCAAAGAUACCGUCGGCAGUUUUGUAUGUUCAUGCAAGGAAGACUUCACAGGAGACCCGUUCAAAGGCUGUAUUGAUAUAGACGAGUGUGUCACCCUAGACAGACCUUGUGGAACCAAUGCAGUCUGUGAGAAUGCAGUCCCAGGUUACAAUUGUCUGUGUCCGCAAGGUUACUCUGCCAAGCCAGACGCCAAGGUCGCUUGUGAACAGGUUGACGUGACAGUUCUGUGCAAGACCAAGUUUGACUGUGUUAACAAUGCCGAGUGUGUGGAGGGUCAAUGUUUCUGCCAGGACGGAUUCAAGGCACAAGGUUCGGUGUGUGUGGAUGUUGACGAGUGUGUGGGUCAACCAUGUGGACCAUACUCGACAUGUCUAAACACGCCCGGAGGCUUCCAGUGUAACUGUCUGCCAGGCUAUAUCGGAUCUCCGCCGACUAUGUCCUGUAAAGAACCCUGUAAGGAUAUCACUUGUGGUGAACACGCCUUCUGUAAGCCUGAUGGCAACGAGACGUACUGCAUCUGCGAAGAUGGCUGGACGUUCAAUCCUCUUGAUAUCAGUGCUGGAUGUAUUGACAUCGAUGAGUGUGACAAGAUAAAUGGACCAUAUGGCCGUUGUGGACCGAAUGCUGUCUGUACCAACACGCCCGGGGCAUUCAGUUGUCAAUGUCAACCUGGGUUUUCAGGCAACGCAUUCAAGCAGUGUUUCGAUGUAAACGAAUGUUCGAGGGCAGAUGCGUGUGGACCCGGGGCGGUAUGCACCAACGCUCCUGGCUCAUACUCGUGUAGAUGCCCGGAAGGCUCACUCCCCGACCCUGACCCGUUCACCCGAUGUGUGACUAUUGUUACAUGCAAGACCAAUACUGACUGCCCCGGCAACGCUAUAUGUGAUCCUCAGAACCGCUGUCUCUGUCCCGAGCCUAACAUCGGAAAUGAGUGUAGACAUCCUUGUGAAGGGAUGGCUUGUGGUCCCAACGCCCAGUGCAUGCUUCUGAACGGAGAAGCCAAGUGCUUGUGUCGUGCCGGUUAUACCGGCACAGUGCCGGCCGGCUGUGUGGACAUAGACGAGUGCCAGGUCAACCCCUGCCCGCUGGGUGCAAUCUGUAACAAUGAGCCUGGCAGCUAUUCCUGCCAAUGUCCGGGUGGCUCAGGUGGUGACCCUUACAAGGACGGAUGCUCCCAACUCAAGGUGCCAGAGUCGUGCGGACCCAAAGUGCCGUGCCCAGGGACCGAGAUGUGUGUGAAGGACGACUAUGUAGGACACAAUGUUUGUAUCUGCCAAAGCGGCUACUCAAGGGAUCCGAGCACGGGCCGAUGCAAGGACAUCAACGAGUGCAGUCCUACUCACGACCGACCUGCCUGCGGCCUCAAUGCUAUCUGCAAAAACAUGCCAGGCAGUUACGAGUGUGUGUGCCCUCCAGGCUUCAACGGCAACCCCUUCUCUCUGUGCGAAGAAUGCAACAGUUUGGAGUGCCAGUGCCAGCCGCCGAACCGCCUAGUGAAGGGUGAAUGUGUGUUGGCCGAUUGCUCCAAGGAAAGGUGCCCCACAGGCGCAGAGUGUAUCACUAUCGCAGGUGGCGUCAGCUAUUGUGCCUGUCCCAGAGGAUCCCGGCCUGCAGAUGAUUGGUCUUGUCAAGAUAUCGACGAAUGCAUAGAGAACGGGCAGGUGUGUGGAUAUGGAGCGCAGUGUGUCAACGAACCUCUCGGUUACAAAUGUGUGUGUCCACCUGGAUAUGGAGGUGACCCCCAGCGCUUCUGCUCACCCAGUCAGGUGCGCUGCGUGGCCGACACGGAUUGCUCUGCAAACGAGAAAUGUGUACAGCCAGGCGAGUGUGUGUGUCCACCACCAUUCUUCACUGACGCAACCGACAGCAACAAAUGCAAGAGUCCUUGCGAGAGAUUCCCGUGUGGUAUGAAUGCUCAAUGUUCUCCAACUGACCCUCCACAGUGUUUGUGUCUGGCCGGCUACAAGGGCGAUCCCCAACAGGGUUGUGUGGAUGUCAACGAGUGUGCUAGUAACCCUUGUGCAUACGCUGCGCGCUGCAUCAAUGAGAAGGGAGGCUUCAAGUGUAUUUGCCCCCAUGGGAUGACUGGAGAUCCGUACAGAGGCGGAUGUAUCGGUACGAUAUCACCGAAGGGAGAGUGUGCUGUGGAUGAUGAGUGUGCUGGACAGCUGGCCUGCGUCAACAACGAGUGUGUGAAUCCCUGUAAUUCAUUGCCAUGCAGUGCCAAUGCUUACUGCGAGGCUGAGAACCAUGCUGCUUGGUGUCGUUGUUACCCUGGUUUCCGAGAGAACCAACGAGGUGAUUGUGUCUCUCAGUGCGAAGGAGUUAUUUGUGGGCGAGACGCACAAUGUAUUGUGACAACAACUGGAGUAACAUGCAAGUGUGCCGAGGGUCAGCGUGGUAACCCGUUCCCUGGUGGAGCAUGUGUACCAGAUGUCUGCUCUGCUGCCAGCCCCUGUGCGCCACCAACCGUCUGUAUAGGUGGCCGGUGUAAAGAACGUUGCGAGGGCGUCGUCUGCGGUGUGGGUGCCACUUGCGAUCCCAAUACCAACCAAUGUGUUUGUCUACCUCUCUUUGUCGGCAAUCCAGACCUGCUUUGUAUGCAACCGUCAGCACCGCCCAUAUGUGUACCCGAAUGUGGAGUCAAUGCCCACUGCGAGUACGGAGCUGUCAACCAGUGCGUGUGCAACCCGAGCACCAGUGGCAACCCGUACCAGGAAUGUGGCCCUCAGGACAAGAGAGCCUGCUCGCAGCAAGUGUGCGGCAAGGGGGCCCAGUGUCACGAGACUGUCGAUGGUCUCACCUGCACCUGUCCUCAGGGCUUCCGUGGCAACCCAUACAUCAGCUGCGAAGAUAUUGAUGAAUGCAUUGGCAACGCCUGUGGCAAUAACGCUGUAUGCAUUAACACUCCUGGAAGUUUCGACUGCCGUUGUGUGGAUGGUUACCUAGGCAACCCUUUCACGGGAUGUUUGCCAGUGGCACCUCAACAAUGUGGGGACCCCAUCACCUGCGCCUGCAGCAGUGACAGGCCUUGUCCCUCUGGUUACACAUGCAUGCGAGGCCACUGUAAGAACCGUUGUGAUGGAGUGAAGUGUGGACCCAGAGCUGGAUGUGUCAACGGGAAAUGUGUCUGUCCACCUGGGCUAAUCGGAAAUCCCAGCAACCUCCAGUCUGGAUGCCAGGUGGAGGGGCAGUGCAACAACGACUUUGACUGCAAGAGCGCUGAGAUCUGUUUCCAGUUCAGUAAAAACGUGCGAAAGUGUGUGGACGCUUGCAGUAAACUCCAGUGUGGGCCCAAUGCUCUCUGUGUAACCGAAAACCACAGGUCGUCCUGCAUCUGCUCAGACGGCUACGAAGGCAAUCCGGGAGAUUUGAAUAUCGGGUGUCAACCAGAGAGAUCAGUUACCCCUGAGUGUUCCAAGGAUGAAGAUUGCAAGCCUGGACUUGUCUGCGUGAUAGAUUCCAAUGGCCAGAACAUUUGUUCUAACCCUUGUGAAAAUCUGGUUUGCGGCCAGAAUGAAGAAUGUCUCAUCGAUGACGACGACCACCCGAUCUGUCAGUGUAAGGAGGGAUUCAAAUGGAACCCAAUAAGCUCAACUUGUCAGAAACCAUCUUUACCAGACUGCGAAUCGAGCCAAGAUUGUGCGGAUACUGCUGAGUGUAGACCGGAUCCACUCGGAGUGUUGAAAUGUACUGGAAUAUGCUUAGAGUUCACUUGCCCUAGUAAUGCAGCUUGUGUUGCUACUAACCAUGCUGGCCACUGUCAGUGUUUACCGGGAUUCACGGGAAAUCCAAAUGAUAGGGAAGGAUGCAAACCUGCUCUGAGAAACCAGUGCACUCAGGAUAGCCAGUGUGCCGAAGCAGAUACCUGUAGAUUGGACUCAAGCUCUGGAGCCUUGUCGUGUCAACCAGCUUGUGAUAUGCUGAAUUGUGGCCCCCAAGCUGUCUGUGUGGCUAACAAUCAUGUGGCGCAGUGCCAGUGCCCUCCAGGGUUGUUCACUGGUGACCCCAAUACUUUUGGGUGCCAAGCAGUUCCGUGCGUCUACAAUACUGACUGUCCUUCACACCAACUGUGCAACCGGUUGAGCCACACAUGCCUUGACGUCUGCGAGGAGGACACUUGCGGAGCCAACGCCGUAUGUAUUGCCGAAGACCACAAAUCUGUUUGCCAGUGCCCAAGUGGAUUCAAGCCCAACCCACUUCCCGAUAUUGAGUGCGUUCUGACAGAAGUCUGCAACCCCAAUCCUUGCCACCCUUCUGCUGUCUGUGAACCGACACCAUCUGUGGGUCACACUUGCCGAUGCCCUCCGAAUCACGUCGGUGAUCCUUUCACAGAAGGCUGCCGUCCAGAAGGAGAUUGCCCCGAAGGGGACUCAGAUUGUCCCGAACAGUCGGCUUGCGUCGGAGGUAAAUGUGUAAACCCCUGUGAUGGAGCUUGUGGACCGAACACUCUGUGCAAUGUAGUGGAACGAAAACCCGUCUGUGAGUGUCUCCCGAAGUUCACACCUUUGUCGAAGAAUGUUGGUGAGGGCUGCUUGAGACAACUCACGAGCUGCACUUCGGAUGCCGACUGCCUCGGAGACGUCUGUAUCAACGGGCAGUGCAAAGUGGUCUGUCGCAAGUCAGAAGAUUGCUCGGAGGGCGAGAGGUGUGUCGCCAACAAGUGUCAAGUUCCUUGUGUUGGACACUCACAGUGUCAGUCUAGUCAAGCCUGCCUCAACAGUGUAUGUGUCAUAGGCUGCAGAAGCAACAAAGACUGCAAAUCUAGUCAUGCUUGUAUCAACAGUAAAUGUCAAGACCCUUGUGCUGCGGAGGGCGUAUGCGGGCCGAACGCUCAAUGUGCAUGCGUGAACCACGAGACAAUCUGCCGUUGUCCCGAUGGGUUCCAGGGCAACCCGUCACCACAGCAAGGAUGCGUGAGGGUACCGCAGUCGUGCCGCAGCAAGGACCAAUGCCCAAGGGGCCAGAUGUGUGUAGAGCAUGUGUGCAAGCAACCCUGUCGCAGUGAGGGAGAGUGUGCGGCCGGUGAGAGGUGUGACAGUGGAAUCUGUGUUCAGGUCUGCUACGGCGACAGUAACUGUCUAGCUGGAGAGCUCUGCGUGGCAGGAACCUGUAGGCCUGGCUGUGCCUCUGAUACUGAUUGUGAUGUUAACCAGAUCUGUGUUGACAACAAGUGCAGGUGUGGAACUGGCUUCAAAGUGACUGUCCGAGGGUGUCAGGACAUCAAUGAGUGUCUGCAGAAUCCCUGCCAUGAGAGUGCAGCAUGCACUAACACUGUCGGUUCAUUCCGUUGUUCCUGCCGUCCAGGCACUGUGGGCGACCCUUACCUCUCACCAGGAUGUGUCCGACCAGAUCAGUGUAAGGCGGAUGUGGAUUGCGCAGACAAACUCAGCUGUGUGCAAGGCCGGUGUACGGACCCGUGUACCACUGCUCACUGUGCACAGUCUGCGCUGUGUAGUGUAAAGAACCACCGAGCUGAAUGUAGCUGUCCGCCUCUACAUAUUGGAGACCCCACAAACAAAGAUAUCGGCUGCUUCAGGGUGGAGUGUGUAUUAGAUAGUGACUGCCCCCAGGAGAGAUACUGUGAUGGUGAAAACAACAAAUGUGCAAAUCCAUGUGACAGACUGAACUGUGGUCGAGGCAGCUGCAGAGUAACUGACCACCAGGGCAUCUGCGCAUGCCAUGAUGGGUACCAAUUCAUUGAUGGAACUUGCCAAGACGUGGACGAGUGUUUGAACAGCCCUUGUCACCAAACUGCUGUGUGUCGCAACAUUCCAGGAAGCUUUCAGUGCGUCUGUCCAGACGGUUUGGUCGGUGACCCAGUGGUGAGUGGGUGCCGGAAUCCUGGUGACUGCGCUUCCGAUGUGGACUGCCCGACGACUGCCAGCUGUAUCGACAGUCGCUGCCGUAACCCCUGUGACUCUCCUGCUGCCUGUGGUGUUAAUGCAGAAUGUACCCCAGUCAACCAUGGUCCCCAGUGCCAGUGUCCGCCACAGACCAAGGGAGAUGCCAAGGUGGAGUGUGUGCGGGUCGAGUGUGAAGAGCAUUCGGACUGUCCGAAGGCUUACGUCUGUCUUAACAAUGCUUGCCAGGAUCCAUGCAGUGUGCCAAACUUGUGUGGAGACAAUGCAGUGUGCAGUGCCGGAUAUGGUGCCGGCCAGACGGUAUGCUCAUGCCGGCCUGGCCACACCGGAGAUCCAGACUUGGGGUGUGUGCCGAUACAAUACUGCGUAGCAGACAACCAGUGCCCUUCUGGCACCAAGUGUAGCAACGGCAUCUGUCUCUCAAUCUGUUUGACGUCCCGCGAUUGUGUUGGUGAGCAAGUGUGUAUCAGCGGCCUGUGUCAACCCACCUGCAAACACAACCAGACUUGUCCAGACCUGCAGUACUGCCUCAACGGAAUCUGUGUGCAGGAGGUGCGAUGUCGAUCUAACGAUGAUUGCGAGGCCAGGGAGGCAUGCAACGCAAACAGUGUCGGGCAGGCCGAGUGUAAACCAGUGUGUGACGGUGCGCCUUGUGGCCGCAAUGCAGAAUGCUCUGCUUCCAACCACCAAGCCAAAUGUGCAUGCAAAUCUGGUUACCACGGCAACCCUCAGAUUGGCUGCCAGCCCAUCGAGUGUCGCUCCAACGAUGACUGCUCUAAAGAUAAGCUCUGUGAAGACUUCAUGUGCAAGAUUUCCUGCCUCGCCAACAACCCCUGUGGCCAGAACUCCCUGUGCUCUGCAGAGAACCACAAACAGGUCUGCUACUGUCAACCCGGUUACACGGGUGACCCUCACCUAGGCUGUUCGCUUGUAGACUUCUGUGCGUCUGCGCCUUGCGGACCGGGCGCCCACUGUGACAAUUCGCGUGGCAGCUACAAGUGUCUCUGUCCACUGGGGACUGUUGGGGACCCGUACCGAGAUGGCUGCCAUCCCCCUGUCGAGUGCGAGACAGACCUGGACUGUCCGGCCGCCACCAAGUGUGUCAAGGACAAUGGAGUACCCAAGUGCAAAGACGUGUGCGAGGGAGUGGUGUGUGGUCCCAGUGCUGAGUGUGUGUCUGCAGACCACACAGGCUCGUGUCAGUGUGUGGCCGGGUACGAAGGGUCUCCCAGCGACCUAACCCUCGGCUGCCACCCCACCCCUGUGCACUGUGAAGCCAAUAGCGACUGUCCCCAGGACACCUACUGCUACCAGCUGACCUGUAGACCGUGGUGUCAGUCGGACAACGAGUGUGGAUUGACAGAACAGUGUGUGCAAGGCCAGUGUAUGAAGCCCUGCGAGACGCCGGGGGCAUGCGGGAUAAACGCAGAGUGCCGCAUCUACAACCACGUCAAGCAGUGCAGUUGUCCACCCGGCUUCACUGGUGAUCAAAUCGAGUGUGUCAGAAUCCCAGUGUCAUGUUCGUCAGAUGCUGAGUGUGACGAGGACAGUCGCUGCGAGAACAGCAUGUGCCGACCUGUCUGUCAGACAGACAACGAUUGUGCCUUAAAUGAGAAGUGCCUCAAAGGCAGUUGUAUUUUGACAUGCCGUGUCGACCAUGAUUGUUUCCUGGGUCACAUAUGUCUCCACAACAUGUGCAUCUUCGGCUGUCACUCUGACGAGGACUGCUCAGCCAGCGAGGCGUGCCGGGACAACAGAUGCUCAAGCCCCUGCCUAAGCUCCCCAUGUGGGCCCAAUGCUGUGUGUGCCGUGACCAACCAUCGUGCCACUUGCUCCUGUAGGGCUGGUCUUGUGCCCAACCCUUCCGCUCAGGUGGCAUGUGUAAGGGCACCAGCACCGCCUUGUUCCUCCAACCGUGACUGCGGUACCGGUGCCACUUGCCAAGACGCUGUGUGCCGUCCAGUCUGUUCCUCCAGUGCCGGUUGUCUUAGUAACGAGCAGUGUGACACGACGGGUGGCGUGUGCAAGCCGCUGUGCCGCAGGGAUGAUGACUGCCGCAGUGGUGAGGUGUGUGACAACCUCAUGUGCACGGUCGGCUGCCGCAGCGACAACAGUUGCCCGGAGGACAAGGCUUGUGUCAACAGCAAGUGUAUUGAUUUGUGUGCGUCACCGACAGCCUGUGGGACGAAUGCUGGGUGCAUGAUGCAUCGCCACCAGAAGCACUGUGCUUGUCCCCCUCCACUCCUGGGAAAUCCUGAGAUCGGUUGUCACCACGUCGUCACUCCUUGUGUCACCCAGGAGGAUUGUGAACCUACCCAGGCCUGUCACGCUCUCACUUGCACCGCCCGUUGUCAAACGGACUUCAACUGCUUGUCAGACGAGAGAUGUGUGAAGGGAAUUUGCACGACUAUCUGCAACUCCGAUGCCAAAUGCGGCAGCAACCAGAUCUGUGAGAACCGCCUGUGUGUGGUCGGCUGUCGUAGUGACAACUCCUGUCCGGACGACCAAGCAUGCAUCAAUAAACAGUGCAGAGACCCUUGCGAUGGAGCAACUACAUGCGGAUCGUGCGCGGAAUGUCGUGUAGUGAACCACGGAGUGCAAUGUCGCUGCCCCACAGGCACCAUAGGCAACCCGCAGAUCACCUGCGUUAAGCCGCCGGUGCGUUGUGACGGAUCAUGCAACUGUGACCAGUCCACCGGCUUCUGUACCGUUGCGUGUGACAACAACAAGGAGUGCUCCUGCGGUGAGGUGUGCAUGGCAGGCGUGUGCAGCAUGAAGUGUUCCUCCAAUAUCGCUUGUCCGCAGGGAUAUGUGUGCGAGGAUGGGGCGUGUCGCAGCGGAUGUCACGUGACAGCAGACUGUCCGGUUACCAAGGCUUGCUUCUCAGGGCAGUGCCAGGAUCCAUGUGGUCCAGACAGCCCUUGUGGCACCAAUGCCCUUUGUCGUGUGUCAGACCAUCGUCCUGUGUGCCUGUGUCCUGAAGGCUACCAAGGGGAACCAAGUCAGGCGUGUGUCAAAGCGGUGUGCACAGCAGACGACGACUGUGAGGGCAACCAACACUGUGCGCCUGAUGGAGCCUGUCGCAACCCCUGUCUUGAAGCUGGCGUUUGUGGAAUCAAUGCACAGUGCAAAGUCAUCGGCAAGCGGCCCCAGUGCUCCUGCCCUCCAGGGUAUCAGGGCAAUCCUCAUGUUGAAUGCAAGCAAGGAGGUGAGAGUUGCAGUCAGAACCCCUGCGGAGAGAACACACAGUGCCGCAACGUGCCAGGCGGUGUGGCUUGUAUGUGUGAAUCAGGCUGUACCGGAGACCCAUACCAAGGCUGCGUGUGUGCCAAGUCAGCCAACUCAUGCCAGGACCUCAAGUGUGGCACUAAUGCAGCUUGUAAAAUGCGCGACAAUAAACCUCUCUGCUUCUGUCCACAGAAAUAUCCGUUGGGUGACCCUUUAACUCAAUGUUCCGCUCCAGUAUUGCCCAAAGACUGUCGUACGAUGGGCUGCGGUAAACACGGGGAGUGCGUGGCCGUGCAGGACAGCUAUGCCUGUCAGUGUCCCAGCGGCAUGGUUGGUAACCCUGAGGUUGAGUGCAGUCCAGAGAGCACUUGCUCCGCAGACUUGGACUGCCCUAACGAGAAGGCUUGCAUCAAUAGACAGUGUCUGGAGGUGUGUAGUGUACGGGGGGCGUGUGGGGACAAUGCAUUGUGUCGACCAGUGCAGCAUCGUCCACAGUGUUCGUGUCCCGAGUGUCACACAGGGACUCCAGAGAUAUCCUGUCAGCCGGACCCCAAGUGUGAGGAGAUUCAUCCGCGACCCACCGUCCCCAUCCCUUGCUCGUCUGACUCGGACUGUCCGUCCACCAUGGCGUGUUUCACUGACAACUGUCGUAAUCCCUGCCUCAUGGCCACUCUCAAGUGCGAAGUCAACAAGAAAUGUGAAGUGAGACAUCACCGACCCAUGUGCGUUUGCAAAAACGGCUUCUCCGUCAGUGAAUCGGGAGAACUCAGCUGUGCUCCAGACAGUUCAGAAUGCAGCUUCGACGAUCAGUGCACUUCUAACUUGGCCUGUAUUAAGGGUAAAUGCUCGAGUCCGUGUUCCUCAUUGACGUGUCCUGUCGAGAAGAUCUGUGAAGUCGUCAACCACCGCCCUGUCUGCCUCUGCACCAAGGACUGCAAUCCUUCCUUGUCCAUCUGCCUGAGGGACAAUGGCUGUCCUCCACAACAAGCCUGUGUCAACUUCCAGUGUAUCGACCCUUGCUUAAACACGACCUGCCCACAAGAUACUCCAUGCUUUGUUGAGGACCACAAGCCACUCUGCAAGUUCUGCCCUCUUGGGUUCACUACAGAUCCAAAAUAUGGAUGCCUCAAAGUGUUGGGAUGUGUGUCAAACGAUGAGUGUUCACACCAACAAGCUUGUGUCAACGGCGCCUGUCAGAACCCUUGUCAUGUUGCCAACCCUUGCGCACCCCACCAUACUUGCCAAGUCGACCACCACAACCCUGUCUGCGUCAAAGUUUGCGAAUGUCAACACUCCACCGACUGCAGGCCUCAUUAUCACUGUGACGGAUGCGCUUGUAUACCAGACUCUGAAGGAGUUCCAUCAUGCAACUGUGGUCCAGGAAUACUCUGUGACUCUAUCACUGGAGCCUGUUUAGGACCUGGCAAAGAAGCUGGCGGCACGCUCUCUCCUUCCGCUCCAGCUGAGACUGAAACCACUACUCUCUCAUUGGACACUUUUACUACUGGUGUAAUAGACCAGGGGUUUCCCACUAUUCCCACAGUAACACAGUCUGUCUCAGAAACGUUUAAAACAGGCCUUGAAACAACACUUUCUCCUACACUUAACCCUCCUGUAGACCUUAAAACUACAUUGGGAUCUGAAAGUGUAUUAAGUACAGAACCACCAACAUUAACUACUGAAGAGGCUCAGUUACCUGGAGGAGAUGGAGGUACUUUAUUUUCGGACACUACAACAACUGAAAAGAUUUUUCAAACCACUGACGGCUUUCAACAAGAUAUACUCACAACAUCUGAUAGAACAUUUUCUUCAACAAUGUCAGACGAAGAUACUCAAAUGCCAAUUGAAGUAACAACACUUAAUUUUGAAAGUACCUUGAGUACCACAUCUAAUAUAGUAAGUGAAGGUACUACAAUCAGUCCACAAACAACACCACAACCAGAAGAAAUAGAAACUACAAGGAGUUUAAGUGAAAUUACAACCAGGUUUGAAGAUGAGCCCACCACAUCUACAUCUAAAAUUCCAACAGAUGUCAUUUCAGAAGUUGAAAUCACAACGAGAAGAAUUUCAGAUGAGAUAACCACAUUAGAACCGACCACGUUUAGUAUAGGAACCACCACAAUGUCUAGUACUAUAGUAGAGGUUACUACUCCUGCUGAGACUAACACUGCCUCAGAAGCUCCUAAAGUAGGAGUGUCUGCCAAAAUGCCAAAGAAUGGUGUUGAACCUGUUGUUCCUGGGAGAGAAGAGCCAGUCACAACUGAAAAUGUUCCUGAGAUAGUUACCACAACUCAAGAUGUUGAUGUUAUUCAAGGUUCAGAUGAAAGCACCAAAGAUUUACCUGAAUCUGAUGAAUCUAAAACUGAAAUAAUCCCACCUGAUGACAGAUUAAGCUCACUCCCAGAUAUGUCAUCAACACCAUCACCUACGUUUGAGACAACAAUAAGAGAAGAAAUACUUACAUCUGAAAAAUCAACUAAGUUUCCUGAAAUAAUUCAGCCUACAGAUGAAAUAGAUACAAUGAAGACCACUAUAUCAUCAGUAGGGGUAGAAGAAAGAGUAACUGAACCUAGUGUUCAAAUAUCUCAACCUACUACAUUUAACCCCUUUGAAACCACUAGUCAGGAAGUAAUAUUUAAGACUGAAAUAAAUACUACACCUGUUGGAACUGAUAUGAUAAAAUUGGAUCAAACCACUUUACCAAUUUCAGGUGUAACAACAAUAAAGACUGAGACUGAGCCUAGCAUUAAUGAAGAAACUACAAUCAGUGAGAAACAAGGUUCACUUGUCACCACCAUUCAAGGAUCUCAAACAAUACCAAUAAGCUCAGAAUUCACAACAUUAGAAAAUCUACCAGAAAGCACAACAGUUAGAUCUCCAGAAAUUAUACCAGAAAUAACCACAAAUACUUUAUCAGAAGUUUCAAUUAAUACAUCCCCAAAUAUAAUAACUUCAGAAAUAUUUCAAGAAACUACAACUGUCAGUUUGCCUGAAAUAACAAAUUUACCAGUUACAACUACUUCAGUACCAGAAAUAAUAUCAGAAAGAGUCUUGGAAACUACAACAAAUAUUUUGAAAGAAACAACAUUUAGUAAUCUACCAGACAUAACAAAUAAAAACAUUCCUGACGUGACGACUCUCAGAAAUUUUCAACAAACGUCUGUUGGAGUUCUACCAGGGGUAACAUCAGGUUUUCCAGAAACUACUGAAAGUUUAUCAGGUAUAACGACAUUAAGAUCAUUGUCAGAAACCACCAAUAUAGUACCAGAAAUAACAACCUCUGACGUUUUUACAGAAGCUACUACAACUUUACCAGGAAUAACUACUUUAAGAAGUUUUCCAAAAGAAACUAGUGACAGUCUAGCAGAAAUUACAACAUCAAGCAGUAUUUCUGAAACUGCAGAAAUAUUACCAGAUAUUACAACUUCUAGAGGUUUUCAAGAAGCAACUACUGGUCUAUUGCCAGAAGUAACAACAUCAAGGAGUGAUUCUGAAACAACCACUGAGAAAUUUCUAGAAAUAACAACAUCUAGAAGUUUGCCAGAAAGUACUACUAGUAGUUUACCAGAAAUCACGACAUCGGGUACUGUUUCAGAAACAACAACUGAGAAAUUGCCAGAAAUAACUACGUUUAGAAGUUUAUCAGAAGAAACUAUAAGUAAUUUGCCAGAAGUAACAACAACAGGUAGUAUUUCAGAAACGACAACUGAGAAAUUUCCAGAAAUAAGCACUUUUAGAAGUUUGCCAGAAACUACUAGUGGUAAUUUACCAGAAAUCACAACAUCAGGUAGUAUUUCAGAAAUGACAACUGAAAAAUUGCCAGAAAUAACCACUUUUAAAACUUUGUCAGAAACUACUAGUGGCAGUUUACCAGAAAUCACAACAUCAGGUAGUAUUUCAGAAAUUACAACUGAAGGUUUUCCAGAAAUAACCACUUUUAGAAGCUUGUCAGAAGCAACUACGGGCGGUUUACCAGAAAUCACAACAUCAGGUAGUGUUUCAGAAACAACUGAGAAAUUGCCAGAAAUAACCACUUUUAGAAGUUUGUCAGAAACUACUACUGGCGGUUUACCAGAAAUCACAACAUCAGGUAGUGUUUCAGAAACAACUGAGAAAUUGCCAGAAAUAACCACUUUUAGAAGUUUGUCAGAAAAUACUAGUGGCAGUUUACCAGAAAUCACAACAUCAGGUAGUUUUUUAGAAACGACAACUGAGAAAUUGCCAGAAAUAACCACUUUUAGGAGUUUGUCAGAAACUACCAGUGGAGGUUUACCAGAAAUCACAACAUCAGGUAGUGUUUUAGAAACGACAACUGAGAAAUUGCCAGAAAUAACCACUUUUAGAGGUUCACAAGAAACAACUACUGGCAAUUUACCAGAAAUUACAUCAAGUAUUAUUUCAGAAAUUACAACUGAAGGUUUUCCAGAAAUAACCACUUUUAGAAGCUUAUCAGAAGCAACUACUGGCGGUUUACCAGAAAUCACAACAUCAGGUAGUGUUUCAGAAACAACUGAGAAAUUGCCAGAAAUAACCACUUUUAGAAGUUUGUCAGAAACUACUCGUGGUGGUUUACCAGAAACGACAACAUCAGGUAGUAUUUUAGAAACAACAACUGAGGUUUUGCCAGAAAUAACCACUUUUAGAAGUUCACAAGAAACAACUACUGGCAGUUUACCAGAAAUAACUACAUCAGGUAGUGUUUCAGAAACAACAACUGAGCAGUUAAUUGCAGUAACAACUUCAAAGAGCUUGCCAGAAGCAACUACUGGUAAUUUACCAGAAAUAACAACAUCAGACAUGAUGAUUCCAGCCACAAUUAUGACAAAAGAUUUACUAGGAACUACCACUGAUAUUUUUCAAGAAACCACCACCUCAAGCGGUGUUCCUGUAGAGCCAUUAUUUCCAACUGAAUCACCUUUUACAACAGCAGAGGCCACCACUAAUAUAGUUUCAGAAACAACUACUUCAGCUUUGGAAACAAAUAUUGAGGUGACUACUUCCAGUGUGCUUUCAGAUACUAUUACUUCACCUCCUAGUUUAGAAACAACCACAGUAGAGGAGGAUGAACAAAUUACUGAAGGUAAAACCGAAACAGAUUUACAACAAACAACUACUUCCCAAUCUAUACUGGAACAGACUGAAUCUUUUACCACUGAAAUCAUCAGUACUGUAUCUCAAGAAACUGAUCAGAUCACAACUACACAGUUGACUAGCCAACCAACACCAGCACCUACAACAGAAAUUUUUGGUGAAGUGACUACUACUGAACCAGCAACUACUGUGGUUACAAUGACGAAAAGCACUAGUGGUUUGACAAACUGUACUGAUGACAAAGAUUGCCUUGUUGGGGAGACGUGCAGGCAAGGAGCGUGCUCAGCCAGCUGUCAGGACGCCACUCAGUGUACGGUAACUCCACAAGUCUGUCCACCCGGCACCACCGGCAGAUACCCACAAUGCCAAAGAGUGCCGGGAGGGAGUCCGAAACGGCCACGUCCCUGCGAGUGGGACUCAGAGUGCCUCGACACGGAAGCGUGUUAUAAAGGCGUGUGUGAGGAUUUGUGUGGCCUAGCUAAUCUGUGCGCACCCUCAGCCAGGUGCCACGUCGUCAAACACAGGCCCGUCUGCACAUGCCCUCCUGGCUACCAGGGAAACCCUGCGCUAAAAUGCUUCUUGCCGCAGCCAUUGGUGUGCCACGUCAACGAGGACUGCGGCCUGACAGAAGCGUGCAUCAGCGGCGUGUGUCAGCAUCCCUGCAGUGUGCACAACCCUUGUGCACAGUACGCCAUCUGCGUCAAUACCAACCACGGCAGCGAGUGCAGUUGUGCUGAGGGCUACCAUGGAAACGGUUUCGUCGGUUGUCUGCCUGUUGGAGACUCACGUGCUCCUGUCUGUCAAUACAAUGAGGACUGCCCCCCUGACAAGCUGUGCGACAGGCUCAAUCGCGUCUGUAUCAACCCUUGUGCAGAGGAUUCGUGUGGGGACAACGCUGAGUGCAUACCAACUAAUCAUGGUGUAACUUGUUCAUGCCUGCCUGGUCAUCAGGGCAAUGCCUACAUCGAAUGUGAAGCAGUGACCGGAUGUAAGAGCAACCGGGAAUGUCCGAGGAAUGAGGCUUGUAUCAACGGCCACUGUACAAAUCCUUGCCGCUGCGGUCCCAAUGCUGUGUGUGAUGUGGUGAACCAUCGGGCCACUUGCAAAUGUCCACCUGGCUACACAGGCAACCCUUCAUCUGGUUGCAGAGGACCUCAAAAUCCAUGUAAUCCUAAUCCAUGUGGCAUCCAAGCUCUUUGUGAGAUUGACAACGGAAAUCCCAUCUGCUUCUGUCCAAAAGGAAUGACUGGAAAUCCAUUCAAGAAUUGCAUACCAGAAGGAGAUGACUGCACCCCAAACCCUUGUGGCCCCAACUCAGGGUGCAGAAUGGUUCAUGGAGGACCUCAAUGUUUCUGUCUGCCAGAGUUUGAGGGCAACCCUCCGUCCAAGGCUUGUGCUCUGCCAACUCACCCCUGUGACCCUUCCCCUUGUGGUCCUAACACACAGUGUGCCAUCCUCAGCAACGGCUUCGCCAAGUGCACUUGCCUCCCUGGAUACCUCGAGAGCCCAAACACAAUACGGGGUUGUGUGGAGAAAAGAAACCAAUGUCAGCCUAACCCGUGUGGACCCGGCGCCAUCUGCGAUCCCAACAGACAACCUGCCUGCUUCUGCCCCGAACCUCUUGUCGGCAAUCCGUACAAACAAUGUGCACAACCAGUCAAGUCUCUGUGCCAGCCCGGACCGUGUGGGCCCAACGCUGAUUGCUAUGUCACGGGUAACACCGAGCAGUGUUUCUGUCGAGCGGGAUACGUGGGAGACGCGUAUUCCGGUUGUCUCCUGCCUCCUGCCAGCCCUUGCCAGCCCAACCCCUGUGGUCCUCUGGCUCUCUGCAGUGUUACACAUGAAGGCCAUCCCAUGUGUGUGUGCCCUGAUGGAAUGGCUGGAGAUCCCACAUCCGGAUGCUCAGGACCGGAGUGCCGACAAGAUGACGAGUGCCCCCUCCAUCUGGCCUGUAUGGGCUACCGUUGCCGUGACCCGUGCCCCGGCUCUUGUGGCGCCGGCGCGUCCUGUCGUGUCGAGAAGCACCAUCCUGUCUGUACCUGCAACCACGGUCUCACCGGCAACCCUCUUGUUAGAUGCUACCGUUUGCCAGAUCACACACCAAUUGGCAACCCUUGCAUUCCGAGCCCUUGCGGACUCAAUACGCUGUGUGAGGUGAGAGGAGGGCGAGCUGUGUGCUCCUGCCUGCCCGACACCGUAGGGGACCCCCACACUGGCUGUCGGCCCGAGUGUGUGCUCAACAGUGAUUGUGCACCGAACCAAGCGUGUGUGCACCAACACUGUGUCGACCCCUGCACGCUGGGUAGUGUGUGCGGACUUGGCGCAGUCUGCUCCUGUCGUGACCACACCGCCAGCUGUACCUGUCUCGAGGGAUUCAGUGGCGACCCAUUCAUACAGUGUAUUCCCAUCCAGCCAGUGGUAGUGGUAGGAAGCAACACCAGCCUACCAUGUCAGCCGUCACCCUGUGGACCACACACAACCUGCAGUGUGUACAGCCCUACCGUUGCCAUGUGUGACCCGUGCGGUGGUCCAGGGGCUGCCUACAGCCCCGCCUGCUACCCUGAAUGUCUCACAGACUCGGAUUGUCCUUUCGACCGCGCCUGUAUGGGUCACACCUGCCGUGACCCUUGUCCUGGUUCAUGUGGCGUCAACGCCCAAUGUGCGGUUUGGCACCAUCAUCCGAUCUGCUCGUGCCCUCAUCCGCUGGCCGGCAACCCAUUUGAACACUGCCUACCUCAAGCACCUGAUUACCAACCACCGCCCUGUCAACUGGCACAGUGUGGACCUAAUACUGACUGCCACGAUAGCAAUGGGAUGGUCACCUGCAUUUGUCGACCUGGCACCUACGGCAACCCGUACGUAGGCUGCCGACCCGAGUGCGUGCUCAACUCAGACUGCCCUGCCAAACAGGCUUGUGUCAACAAUAAGUGUGCGGACCCGUGUGUGGGAGCGUGUGGUGUCAGUUCCCACUGUCAAGUUGUCAACCAUGUACCCGUAUGCUACUGCCCUCAGGACUAUUCCGGGGACCCCUUCGUCUCCUGCUAUCCUUUCAAGCCAGACUAUCCAGUCAUCGGGGAUAUGGGCCAUCCUGGCAACCCUUGUGACCCAUCACCCUGUGGACCCAACUCGAGGUGUCUGAUCACGCCAGUGGGUGCAGCUGCGUGUUCCUGCCUGCCCGGCUACCGCGGUGUCCCACCCAUCUGCAAACCUGAAUGCGUGGUGAGCAGUGAGUGCCCACAGACCCAGGCCUGUAUCAACCAGAAAUGUGCCGACCCGUGUCCAGGUGUCUGUGGUCUCAAUGCGCGCUGUCUUGUCGUCAAUCACAAUCCCAUCUGCAGCUGUCCUGUCGGCUAUGUGGGCAACCCUUUCACCAGCUGUCAACUACAUGCUGCUGCGGAAGAACCUAAAGUGCCUGGAGGAAACCCAUGUCAACCGUCGCCUUGUGGACCAAAUUCCAUCUGCCUGGUGAAGCAAGGUCGGCCGGUAUGUUCGUGUAGUGCCAACUAUAUUGGUAGCCCACCGUUCUGCAGACCUGAGUGUGUGAUGAGUCAGGAGUGUCCCCACGAUAAGGCCUGCAUACAGGAGAAGUGUCGCAACCCUUGCAAGCAGAGCUGCGGUCUCAAUGCCAAAUGUGAUGUCGUCAACCAUACACCAUUCUGUAGUUGCCUGCCAGGCUACCAGGGCGACGCUUUCAUCGGCUGCUCUAAAAUACCAGCAGAGAGACCUCAACCGACCGACCCUUGCUCUCCAUCACCUUGUGGUGAGAAUGCACAGUGCUCCAGUCCGGACGGGGUGGCACGAUGUACCUGUAUCCCUCCUUACGUGGGCAACCCGUAUGCAGGCGGGUGUAGACCAGAAUGUGUCAUCAGUGCUGACUGUCCUGCCCACUUGGCCUGUUUGGUGAGCCACUGCAGAGAUCCUUGUCCAGGCGUAUGCGGUAUCAAUGCUCAGUGCAGCGUCGUCAAUCAUAUAGCUGUCUGCUCCUGUCUCCCUGGCUUUACGGGUGAUCCUUUCAAGUCCUGCCGACAAGAAGUGGUUGCUGUGGAUCCGCCCAGAAAUCCCUGCGAUCCCAGCCCUUGUGGCCCUAACAGCCAGUGCCGAGUGUUGAAUGGUAACGCUGCCUGCUCGUGUGUCAGCGGCUACAUAGGUAGCCCGCCCAAUUGUCGACCCGAGUGUGUAGCCAGCUCAGAGUGCCCCCAGACCCGAGCCUGUAUUAACCAAAAGUGCAAGGACCCUUGUCCCGGCACUUGCGGUCUGCAUGCUCGCUGCCAGGUCGUCAACCACAACCCCAUCUGCAGUUGCCCGCCCAAAACUAAUGGAGACCCGUUUGUGCGAUGUGUGGAAGAAUCUCCAAAAAUUCCAUCACCAGCCAACCCAUGCAUGCCAUCACCUUGCGGUUCUAAUGCAGAGUGCCGGGUGAUUGACAAGCGGCCAGUAUGCUCAUGUCUAAGUGGUAUGCUCGGUGCUCCGCCAAACUGUCGCCCUGAGUGUAUUAUCCAUGCCGAUUGUCCCACGAAGUUGGCCUGUGUACAGAAUAAGUGCCGUGAUCCUUGUGCUGGAUCGUGCGGCUUCAAUGCACAGUGUACCGUCGUCAACCACCAGCCAGUCUGUGCUUGCAACGCGGGCUUUCAGGGUGACCCGUUCUCCGGCUGCAAUCCCACACCAGUUGUGGAGUGUGUAGCCGAGGUGACUUUGGAGACCCCGAGGGAUCCCUGUGUGCCGUCGCCCUGUGGCCCCAAUGCCGUGUGCAAGGAACGUCAGGGAGCUGGUGCUUGUGCCUGUAUGCCCGGUUACCAUGGGGACCCCUGGGGCGGCUGUAGGCCCGAAUGUGUCCUCAACUCUGACUGCCCCCGAGACCGUGCAUGUGUCAACAAUAAAUGCCGGGACCCGUGUCCGGGUGCCUGUGGACUCAACGCAGACUGCCAUGUCAGCCACCAUACUCCCGUCUGCUUCUGUAAACAAGGACACACGGGCGACCCCCUCUCUUCCUGUAGACCCGUUGUUGUUGAAUACUUACCGCCCAUGCUCGGUCACCCCUGUGUCCCCUCUCCCUGCGGCCCGUACAGCAUGUGUAGGCCCAUCAACGACUAUCCUGUCUGCUCAUGCCAGCCUGGAUACUACGGCAGCGCACCCCAUUGCAGGCCGGAGUGUGUGGUCAGUGCUGACUGCCCUCAGGACAAAGCGUGUGUGAGCCAGACGUGUGUGGACCCGUGUCCAGGCACGUGUGGUCUUGCAGCUCGCUGCCAAGUCGUCAACCACAACGCGAUCUGCAGUUGCCCGCAUGGUCUUGUCGGCGAUCCAUUUUUGCAUUGCUUUAAAGAAGAAAAGACACCUGUCAUCGUAGAGAGCAAAGACCCCUGUAUCCCAUCGCCUUGUGGGCCCAACGCAAACUGCCGUGCAAUAGGGAAUACCCCAGCAUGUUCGUGCCUCCCUUCGUAUGUCGGCCGACCACCCAACUGUCGACCAGAAUGCACCAACAACGCUGAGUGUCCUGGCCAUCUGGCCUGUCAGAACGAGAAGUGUAAAGAUCCCUGUCCAGGCUCCUGUGGAGUCCACACCAAUUGUGUUGUUAUCAAACAUUCGCCUGUGUGCUCAUGCAAUGAAGGAUAUACCGGUGAUCCGUUCUAUGGCUGUUCUGUCAUCCUGCAAGUAACACCGACAGAAGGACCGAGACAACCUUGCAACCCGUCACCUUGCGGAGCUAACGCAGUAUGCAAGGAACGUAAUGGUGCAGGCUCCUGCGUGUGCCUACCCGAGUAUUUCGGUGACCCUUACACCGGCUGUAGGCCAGAGUGUGUCAUCAACUCCGACUGUGAUCGCAGCAAGGCUUGUGUCAACAACAAGUGUCGAGACCCCUGCCCUGGAACUUGUGGUCUCAACGCUGAGUGUCGUGUUGUCAAUCACGCACCGUCCUGCUCUUGCUUGCCUGGUUUCACUGGGGACCCCUUGAGUGCAUGUCGACAACCUCCUCCUCCACCCAUGACACCAUCCAAACCGAAGAACCCGUGUGUGCCAUCACCCUGUGGACCCUAUAGUGUGUGCCGGGCAGUAAACGGUCAUGCCGUCUGCUCGUGCCAAGCUAACUACAUUGGCUCUCCCCCAUCGUGCCGACCAGAGUGUAUGGUCAGUGCCGACUGUCCCCAGGACAGAGCUUGUAUCAACCAGAAGUGUGCCGACCCGUGUCCUGGCACUUGUGGCCUCAACGCCAGGUGCCAGGUCGUCAACCACAACCCCAUCUGUAGCUGUGCCCCUGGCUUUACCGGAGAUCCUUUUGUCCGUUGCUUGCAAGAGAAGCCUGCUGUACAACCACCCAGUGGAAACCCCUGCGUUCCCUCCCCGUGUGGCCCCAACUCUCAGUGUCGUGUGGUAGCCAACAACCCUGCCUGCUCAUGUCUCCCCAACUAUGUCGGGCGUCCACCCAACUGUCGCCCGGAGUGUACCAUCAAUGCCGAGUGUGCGGGUAACUUGGCAUGUCAGAACGAGCGAUGCCGAGAUCCGUGUCCAGGGUCGUGUGGCACCAGAGCCACUUGUGUCGUCGUCAAUCAUGCCCCGCAAUGCUCUUGUGAGCCAGGCUUCACCGGCGAUCCCUUCGCCGGAUGUAGGCAGAUACUAGAAAUUCCUCCAACGGAAGGCCCGAGACAACCUUGCAACCCGUCUCCUUGUGGAGCUAAUGCAGUGUGUAAGGAACGCAAUGGUGCAGGCUCCUGCGUGUGCCUACCCGAGUAUUUCGGUGACCCUUACACCGGCUGUAGGCCAGAGUGUGUCAUCAACUCCGACUGUGAUCGCAGCAAGGCUUGUGUCAACAACAAGUGUCGAGACCCCUGCCCUGGAACUUGUGGCCUCAACGCUGAGUGCCGCGUAAUAAAUCAUGCACCGUCUUGUUCUUGCUUGCCUGGUUUCACUGGAGAACCCAUGAGUGCAUGCCAUCGUCCUCCUCCUGAGACUGUGGUUCCUCUAAACCCAUGUGAACCGUCACCAUGUGGACCCUAUAGUGUGUGCCGGGCAGUGAACGGUCACGCCGUCUGUUCUUGCCAGCCUAACUACAUCGGCUCUCCCCCCUCGUGCCGGCCAGAGUGUAUGGUCAGUGCCGACUGUCCCCAGGACAAAGCCUGUAUCAACCAGAAGUGUGCCGACCCGUGUCCUGGCACUUGUGGCCUCAAUGCCAGGUGCCAGGUCGUCAACCACAACCCCAUCUGUAGCUGUGCCCCUGGCUUUACCGGGGAUCCUUUUGCCCAGUGUGUCAGGGAUCAAAAGCCACCCACCCCGACCCCACCCAGUGGAAACCCCUGCGUUCCAUCCCCGUGUGGCCCCAACUCUCAGUGUCGUGUGGUGGCCAACAACCCUGCCUGCUCAUGUCUCCCCAACUAUGUCGGGCGUCCACCCAACUGUCGCCCGGAGUGUACCAUCAAUGCCGAGUGUGCGGGUAACUUGGCGUGUCAGAACGAGCGAUGCCGAGAUCCGUGUCCAGGGUCGUGUGGCACCAGAGCCACUUGUGUCGUCGUCAAUCAUGCCCCACAAUGCUCUUGUGAGCCGGGCUUCACCGGCGAUCCGUUCGCUGGGUGUUCGCAGAUACAAGCAAUUCCUCCAACGGAAGGACCAAGGAACCCUUGCAACCCGUCUCCCUGUGGAGCUAAUGCAGUGUGUAAGGAACGCAAUGGUGCAGGCUCCUGCGUGUGCCUACCCGAGUAUUUCGGUGACCCUUACACCGGCUGUAGGCCCGAGUGUGUCAUCAACUCGGACUGUGACCGCAGCAAGGCUUGUGUCAACAACAAGUGUCGGGAUCCCUGUCCGGGAACAUGUGGCCUCAACGCGGAGUGUCGUGUUGUCAAUCACGCUCCAUCUUGCUCUUGCUUGCCUGGCUAUUCUGGAGACCCUCUUACAAACUGUGUACUUACUCCAACACCUACCCAACCGACCCCAACCAACCCUUGCCGUCCAUCGCCAUGUGGGCCCAACAGUCAGUGUCGGGAGGUCAACGGUCAUGCCGUCUGCUCGUGUCUGGCCGGUUUCAUUGGCUCUCCCCCAUCGUGCCGACCUGAGUGUAUGGUCAGCUCCGACUGUCCUCAGGACAAAGCCUGUAUCAACCAGAAGUGUGCCGACCCAUGUCCUGGCACUUGUGGCCUCAACGCCAGGUGCCAGGUCGUCAACCACAAUCCCAUUUGUAGUUGUUCGCCUGGAUUUUCUGGAGAUCCCUUUGUUCGAUGUUCUAAAAUAGAAAUCUCCACAACGCCUGCUCCGCCCACAAACCCGUGUGAUCCGUCACCGUGUGGCCCGUACUCGCAGUGCCGUGUUGUGGGCGUCACACCUGCAUGUUCGUGCCAGGUGAACUAUGUCGGCCGCCCGCCCAACUGUCGCCCGGAAUGUACCAUCCAUGCCGAAUGUCCCAGUAACCUGGCAUGUCGCAAUGAGCGCUGUCAGGACCCGUGUCCCGGCGCGUGCGGACAGAAUGCGGAGUGUAGAGUAGUCAAUCACGCCGCUGUCUGCACCUGUCCGCAAGGCUUUAUCGGCGAUCCUUCUUCUGUUUGUCAGCCUGCACCCAUCUCCACCACAGAGCGCACUCCGGUCGUGACAGAUCCUUGCUUCCCAUCACCGUGCGGUGCCAACGCAGACUGCACCAACAGGAAUGGUGUGGGGUCCUGCACUUGCCUUCCAGGGUUCGAGGGAGAUCCCUACAGUGGUUGUCGGCGCGAGUGUGAGACCAACCCUGAUUGUGCACCUGGAUUAGCAUGUAUCCGCUUCAAGUGCGCUGACCCUUGUCCUGGCACUUGUGGCACCGGAGCUGACUGUGCCGUUAUCAACCAUAUACCGUCCUGCUCCUGCCCACCUGGCUUCACUGGUGACCCAUUCUCAAUGUGUAGACCCACACCACCAACACCUCCACCGAGGCCGGAGGAUCCUUGUAUGCCGUCACCUUGUGGACCCAACAGCCAGUGCCGAGCCGUUAACCAACAAGCAGUGUGCUCUUGCCAACCUAACUACAUCGGUGCACCACCGGCUUGCCGACCCGAGUGUGUGGUCAGCUCCGAGUGUCCUUUGGACCGUGCUUGCGUCAACCAGCGCUGUGCUGACCCCUGUCCUAACACCUGCGGCGUGCGCGCACAAUGCACCACCAAGAAUCACAACCCCAUAUGCGCCUGUCCACCCGGCUUCACUGGUGAUCCGUUCUCCCAAUGUGUGCGAAUUCAAGCAGAGCCAGUUGCCCCGCCAACAUCGCCAGCACCUUCAUGCUUCCCGUCACCGUGUGGUCCGAACUCGCAGUGUCAGAUGGUAGGGGGUGUGCCAGCGUGUUCGUGCCUGCCAGACUACAUCGGGUCCCCACCGACCUGUCGGCCCGAAUGUGUGCUUAGCGCGGAGUGUCCCAGUCAGAUGGCCUGUAUCAAGCAACGCUGUAGAGACCCGUGUCCAGGCUCGUGUGGAGUAAACGCUAACUGCCAUGUCGUCAACCACCUGCCUAUCUGUACCUGUAAUGAAGGCUUCACUGGAGACCCGUUCACUCAGUGCUCACCGAUACCGAUCACAACACCAAAACCAGAAGCAGUGGAUCCCUGCAACCCUUCGCCUUGUGGACCCAAUGCUGUCUGCAGAGGUGCAGGCUUGUGUGAGUGUAUCCCCGAGUACACGGGCAACCCCUAUGAAGCAUGCCGUCCUGAGUGUGUAGUCAACCCUGAGUGUCCGAGGGACAAAGCCUGUCUGCGCAACAAGUGUAGGGACCCUUGCCCCGGCACUUGCGGCCAGAACGCUCAGUGCGACGUUGUAAACCACAUCCCCGUCUGUUCUUGUCCUCAGGGCUACACCGGCGACCCUUUCACCAGCUGUCGGGUCUUGCCACCAGUAGUACAAGGGCCGAUAGACCCGUGUCAACCGUCACCUUGUGGACCCAACAGUCAGUGCCGGACACAAGACAGUCACGCUGUGUGCUCAUGUCUUGCCGGUUACUCGGGAGCACCACCAUCAUGUCGACCUGAGUGUAUCGUCAGCUCCGAGUGUCCUCAGACCCGUGCCUGUGUCAACCAGAAGUGCACUGACCCCUGCCUCGGCUCCUGCGGCCUCAACGCUCGUUGCGAAGUCAUCAACCACUCGCCCAUCUGCAGCUGUCGUGAAGGCCAAACUGGAGACCCGUUCAGGAGCUGUUUCGAUUUGCCUCCUCCAACACCUCCUCCCGCUGACGAACAGGAGAGGGACCCGUGUGUGCCGUCGCCCUGUGGCCCCAACGCCCAGUGCCAGACCAAUGGACGUUCACCUGCCUGUUCCUGCCUGCCUGACUAUGUAGGGGCCCCUCCCAACUGUCGCCCAGAGUGCGUCAUCAAUCCUGACUGUCCCGCCACGCAAGCCUGUGUCAACAGCAAGUGUGUGGACCCUUGCCCAGGCUCGUGCGGCAUCAAUGCCCAGUGUUCGGUCAUCAGUCACGCAGUCACCUGCACCUGUCAGGCUGGCUUCACUGGCAACCCCUUUGUACAAUGCAUCGCCCAGCAACAAGAGCAGAUCAACCCUUGCACACCCUCACCUUGUGGAUCUAAUGCGAUCUGUACGGAGCGUAAUGGAGCGGGAGCCUGCAGCUGUAUCCCAGACUACCAGGGUAACCCAUACGAGGGUUGCAGACCCGAGUGUGUGCUCAGCUCUGACUGCCCUACGGACCGUGCAUGCAUACGCAACAAGUGUCAGGAUCCCUGCCCCGGCGUAUGCGCUCAGUUCGCCCAGUGCACUGUCAUCAAUCACAUCCCUACCUGUACCUGCAUGCCGGGAUACGUUGGCAACCCAUUCGUCUCCUGUGCGGUCCAAGAGGCUCCAGUGACGCAGGCCACAGUGGUGGACCCGUGCAACCCAACGCCGUGUGGGCCCAACAGUGUUUGCCGCAACAACAACGGCCAGGCUGUCUGCUCAUGUGCCCCCGAGUACCAGGGAGCUCCUCCCAACUGUAGACCCGAGUGUGUUGUCAACAACGAGUGCCCGACCAACCGGGCAUGCUACAAGUUCAAGUGUACUGACCCCUGUCCUGGCACCUGCGGCAUGGAUGCUCAAUGCCAGGUUAUCAACCACAAUCCCAUCUGCAGCUGUCGUGCCGGCCUCACUGGUGAUCCUUUCAUCAGAUGUUUCCCAGUGCCAGUUCAACCAACACCGACUACACAGCAAGAGCCGUUGGACCCAUGUAACCCAUCUCCCUGUGGACCAUUCUCUGAGUGUCGUGCGGUCGGAACGCAGCCAUCCUGCUCCUGCCUGCCCAACUACACUGGAUCACCUCCCAACUGUCGACCCGAGUGUGUGGUCAACACUGACUGCCCCUUCACACAGGCCUGUAUAUCGGAGAAGUGCCGUGACCCUUGCCCUGGCUCUUGCGGUCUAAAUGCUGACUGUCGUGUACAGAAUCAUAUACCGAUCUGUACCUGUGCUGCGGGCUUCAGCGGCGAUCCUUUCUCACAGUGCUCACCCAUUGUUGUGGAAGAACCACCGCAAGCAAAAGACCCGUGCAAUCCAUCACCUUGUGGGGCCAAUGCCAUCUGUAACAACGGAGCAUGCACGUGCCAGACCAACUACUUCGGCGACCCGUACACAGGCUGUCGGCCGGAGUGCACAAUGAACUCAGACUGUCCACGCAAUCGUGCUUGCAGUAACCAGAGGUGUAUCGACCCCUGUCCAGGAACCUGUGGCUCUGGAGCUACAUGCGAUGUCAUAAACCACAUUCCCACCUGCACCUGCCCCUCGGGUACCUCCGGUGACCCCUUCGUUGCCUGCAAGGAGGUCAGACUGCCUGCUGCAGCUCCAGUGGAUCCCUGCAGCCCGUCACCGUGUGGCCCGAACAGUCUGUGCCGAGUCAACAACGGAGUGGGUGUGUGCUCAUGCCAGAGCGGUUUCGUGGGUGCACCACCUUCGUGCCGUCCUGAAUGUGUGGUCAGUGCCGAGUGUCCACUCACCCAGGCCUGUCUCAACAGCAAGUGUCGUGACCCGUGCCCUGGCACGUGUGGCCAGAAUGCUCGGUGCCAGGUCGUCAACCACAACCCCAUCUGCAGCUGUGCGGCCGGCAACACUGGAGAUCCGUUCCGACAGUGCUUCCCCAUUCCAGCAACGCCAGUGCCGAAUGUGCCGACAAAUCCGUGUCAGCCAUCACCGUGCGGACCGAAUGCAGACUGUCAAGUGCGCGGUGACAGUCCCGCGUGUUCGUGCCUGCCCAACUACAUCGGGUCCCCACCGAACUGUCGUCCCGAGUGUACUAUAAACCCCGAGUGUUCUAGUCAGUUAGCGUGUAUCAACCAGCGGUGUGCGGACCCGUGUCCGGGCUCGUGCGGUUAUAACGCGCAGUGUUCCGUGGUGAACCACACGCCGGUGUGUUCGUGCAACGCUGGCCACACUGGAGAUCCAUUCACCGGCUGCACACCAGUACAAGCCACCCCCGUGUCUGAGGUCACCACCCCCUGCACCCCCUCGCCAUGCGGAGCUAAUGCCAUCUGCAGGGAACAGAACGGGGCCGGCUCCUGUGUCUGUCAGGCUGGCUACUUCGGCAACCCCUAUGAGGGCUGUCGGCCUGAGUGUACUGUCAAUCCCGACUGCCCCACGAACCGUGCCUGUGUCCGCAACAAGUGUGAGGACCCCUGCCCCGGCACCUGUGGCCAGAACGCAGAGUGUCGUGUCAUCAACCAUGUCCCCAUGUGUUACUGCCUACCAGGAUUCAUUGGUGAACCAUUCCGCUUCUGCAGGCCACAGCCUGUCCAAUCUGUACAAGCUGAGCCAGUGAACCCUUGCAACCCAUCUCCAUGUGGACCCAACAGCCAGUGCAGGGAAGUGAAUGGACAAGCUGUGUGUUCCUGUCUGCCAACAUACAUAGGUCAGCCUCCAAGCUGCAGACCUGAGUGUGUUGUGAGCAGCGAGUGUCCAGCCAACCGAGCUUGUGUCAACCAGAAAUGUGUGGAUCCUUGUCCUGGCACUUGUGGUCAGAAUACUAGAUGUCAGGUCAUCAAUCACAGUCCAAUCUGCAGUUGCAAUCCAGGCUUCACUGGUGAUCCUUUCUCAAGAUGCUCUCCUAUUCCACCACCUCAACCACCACAAGCUACUCCAGUCUACAGGGAUCCCUGUGUACCAUCACCUUGUGGACCGAAUUCUCAGUGCCGUGAUAUUGGAGGGAGUCCAUCAUGUUCCUGCCUCCCAGAAUAUUUAGGUUCACCUCCAAAUUGUAGACCUGAGUGUCUUAUUAGUGCAGAGUGUGCCAGCAACCUUGCCUGCAUGAGGGAGAAGUGUAGAGACCCCUGUCCAGGAUCUUGUGGUGCUGGAGCCCAGUGCAAUGUCGUCAACCACACACCUAUCUGCACGUGUCCUGAAGGCUUCACUGGAGAUCCUUUCACCAGUUGCUUCCCCAAACCUCCUGAUGUUGAGCCAGUACAAGCUAGUGAUCCAUGCAACCCAUCUCCCUGUGGCCCCAACGCCCAGUGUGCUGAUGGAAUCUGCAGCUGUCUGCCAGAAUUUCAAGGAGAUCCUUACUCAGGAUGUAGACCAGAGUGUGUCCUCAACACCGACUGCCCAAGAGAUCGAGCCUGUAUCCGCAACAAGUGUCAAGAUCCUUGUCCUGGAACCUGUGGUCAGAAUGCUGUCUGUCAAGUCAUCAAUCAUAUCCCCAUGUGCAGCUGUCCCCCGGGCAUGUCUGGCAAUCCAUUUGUCGAUUGCCGUCCACAGCAAGCUCCGGUAGUAACACAGCCAUGCAACCCAUCUCCUUGUGGACCAUACAGUCAGUGUAGAGAGAUCAAUGGACAAGCUGUGUGCUCUUGUGUGCCUGGCUACAUCGGAAGUCCACCCACCUGCAGGCCUGAGUGUGUGGUCAACUCUGACUGUAACCUCAACCAAGCAUGUAGCAACCAGAAAUGCAGAGACCCUUGCCCAGGAACUUGUGGAGUGGGGGCAAGAUGUCAAGUCAUCAACCACAAUCCCAUCUGUAGUUGCCCUAAUGGUUUCACAGGAGACCCAUUUGUUAGAUGUCAGCCCAUUCCUCCUCCACAGCAGACUCCACCAACCAAUCCCUGUCAACCUUCACCAUGUGGCCCCAACUCUCAGUGCAGAGUAUCCGGGGACAGUCCAUCCUGUUCCUGCCUGCCUGAUUUCAUCGGAACUCCACCCAAUUGUAGACCUGAGUGUGCAAGCAACAGUGAGUGUUCCAGUCAUCUGGCCUGCAUCAAUCAGAAGUGCAAGGAUCCUUGUCCAGGCACUUGUGGAUCCAAUGCUAUGUGCAGAGUGGUCAGUCACACUCCUCAAUGUGUCUGUGUAGUAGGAUACACUGGAGAUCCUUUCGUCCAGUGCAUCCUGCAACAAGCUGAACCCAUCCAAGAGGUAUCAACUCCAUGUACACCUUCACCUUGUGGAUCCAAUGCAGUCUGCAGAGAACAGAAUGGUGCAGGAGCCUGCACGUGUCUACCUGAUUACAUUGGCAACCCUUACGAAGGCUGUCGACCUGAAUGUACCCUCAACACUGACUGUCCUUCCAACAGAGCUUGCAUCCGCAACAAAUGUCAGGACCCUUGCCCAGGAACUUGUGGACAGAAUGCUGACUGUCAAGUUAUCAAUCAUUUGCCAUUGUGCACUUGUCGACCUGGCUACACUGGAGAUCCCUUCCGCUUCUGUAACGUCAUGCCUCCUCCACCUCCUGUGCAAGCAGAGCCAGUGAACCCUUGCAACCCAUCUCCAUGUGGACCCAACAGCCAGUGCAGGGAAGUGAAUGGACAAGCUGUGUGCUCUUGUCUGCCAACAUACAUAGGCCAGCCUCCAGGCUGCAGACCUGAGUGUGUUGUGAGCAGCGAGUGUCCAACCAACCGAGCUUGUGUCAACCAGAAAUGUGCAGAUCCUUGCCCUGGCACUUGUGGUCAGAAUACUAGAUGUCAAGUUAUCAAUCACAGUCCUAUAUGCAGCUGCAAUCCAGGCUUCACUGGUGAUCCAUUCUCAAGAUGUUUUCCUGUGCCUCCACCUCCACCGCCACAGUCUGCACCAGUAUACGUUAAUCCCUGUGUACCGUCACCUUGUGGACCGAAUUCUCAGUGUCGGGAUAUUGGAGGGAGUCCAUCAUGUUCCUGCCUCCCAGAAUAUUUAGGUUCACCUCCAAAUUGUAGACCUGAGUGUGUCAUCAGUGCUGAGUGUGCCAGCAACCUUGCCUGCAUGAGGGAGAAGUGUAGAGACCCCUGUCCAGGAUCUUGUGGUGCUGGAGCCCAGUGCAGUGUCAUCAACCACACACCUAUCUGCACGUGCCCUGAAGGAUUCACUGGAGACCCUUUCACCAACUGCGUCCCCAAACCUCCUGAUGUUGAACCUGUACAAGCCAGUGACCCCUGCAACCCAUCUCCCUGUGGUCCCAACGCACAGUGUGCUGAUGGAGUCUGCACCUGUCUACCAGAAUUUCAGGGAGAUCCUUACUCAGGAUGUAGACCAGAGUGUGUCCUCAACACUGAUUGUCCAAGAGACCGAGCCUGUAUCCGCAACAAGUGUCAAGACCCUUGUCCUGGAACUUGUGGGCAAAAUGCUGUCUGUCAAGUCAUCAAUCACAUCCCGAUGUGCAGCUGUCCUCAGGGCAUGUCUGGCAAUCCAUUUGUUGAUUGCCGUCCAAUGCAAGCUCCGGUAGUAACACAGCCCUGCAACCCCUCUCCCUGUGGACCAUACAGUCAGUGUAGAGAGAUCAACGGACAAGCUGUGUGCUCUUGUGUACCUGGCUACAUCGGCAGUCCACCCACCUGCAGGCCUGAGUGUGUGGUCAACUCUGACUGUGGCAGGAAUGAGGCCUGCAGCAACCAAAAAUGCAGAGACCCCUGUCCAGGAACUUGUGGAGUGGGAGCAAGAUGCCAAGUCAUCAAUCAUAAUCCCAUCUGCAGCUGUCCCAGUGGUUUUACAGGAGACCCAUUUGUCAGAUGUCAGCCCAUUCCUCCUCCACAGCAGGCCCCUCCAACCAAUCCCUGUCAACCUUCACCAUGUGGUCCUAACUCUCAAUGCAAAGUAUCUGGUGACAGUCCAUCUUGUUCUUGCCUUCCUGAAUACGUCGGAACUCCCCCCAAUUGUAGACCUGAGUGUGCAAGCAACAGCGAGUGUUCAAGUCACCUAGCCUGCAUCAACCUGAAGUGCAAGGAUCCUUGUCCAGGCACUUGUGGAGCCAAUGCUAUGUGCAGAGUCGUCAGUCAUACUCCACAAUGUGUUUGUGUGGUUGGCUACAUUGGAGAUCCAUUUGUUCAAUGUACACUGCAACAAGCUGAACCCAUCCAAGAGGUAUCAACUCCAUGUACACCUUCACCUUGUGGAUCUAAUGCAGUCUGCAGAGAACAGAAUGGUGCAGGAGCCUGCACGUGUCUGCCUGACUACAUCGGCAAUCCUUACGAAGGAUGUCGACCUGAGUGUACCCUCAACACUGACUGUCCUUCCAACAGAGCUUGCAUCCGCAACAAAUGUCAGGACCCUUGCCCAGGAACUUGUGGACAGAAUGCUGACUGUCAGGUUGUCAAUCACUUGCCAUUGUGUACUUGUCGACCUGGCUACACUGGAGAUCCUUUCCGUUUCUGCAACGUAAUGCCUCCUCCACCUCCUGUACAAGCAGAGCCUGUAAACCCUUGCAACCCAUCUCCAUGUGGACCCAACAGCCAGUGCAGGGAAGUGAAUGGACAAGCUGUGUGCUCUUGUCUGCCAACUUACAUAGGCCAGCCUCCAGGCUGCAGACCUGAGUGUGUUGUGAGCAGCGAGUGUCCAGCCAACCGAGCUUGUGUCAACCAGAAAUGCGCAGAUCCUUGUCCUGGCACCUGUGGUCAGAAUACUAGAUGUCAAGUUAUCAAUCACAGUCCUAUCUGCAGCUGCAAUCCAGGCUUCACUGGUGAUCCAUUCUCAAGAUGUUUCCCUGUGCCUCCACCUCCACCACCACAGUCAGCACCGGUUUAUUUAGAUCCAUGUGUGCCGUCACCUUGUGGACCUUACUCUCAGUGUCGGGAUAUUGGAGGCUCUCCAUCCUGCUCCUGCCUGCCAGAGUACACAGGCACUCCACCCAACUGUAGACCUGAGUGUGUCAUCAGUGCUGAGUGUGCCAGCAACCUUGCCUGCAUGAGGGAGAAGUGUAGAGACCCCUGUCCAGGAUCUUGUGGUGCUGGAGCCCAGUGCAGUGUCAUCAACCACACACCUAUCUGCACGUGUCCUGAGGGAUUCACUGGAGACCCUUUCACCAACUGCUUCCCCAAACCUCCUGAUGUUGAACCAGUACAAGCCAGUGACCCCUGCAACCCAUCUCCCUGUGGUCCCAACGCACAGUGUGCUGAUGGAGUCUGCACCUGUCUGCCUGAAUUCCAAGGAGAUCCUUACUCAGGGUGUAGGCCAGAGUGUGUCCUCAACACCGACUGCCCAAGAGACCGGGCUUGUAUUCGCAACAAGUGUCAAGAUCCUUGUCCUGGAACUUGUGGACAAAAUGCUGUCUGUCAAGUAAUCAACCAUAUCCCCAUGUGCAGCUGUCCUCAGGGCAUGUCAGGCAAUCCAUUUGUGGAUUGUCGACCUAUGCAAGCUCCAGUAGUCACACAACCUUGCAAUCCCUCUCCCUGUGGACCAUACAGCCAGUGUAGAGAGAUCAAUGGACAAGCUGUGUGCUCCUGUGUGCCUGGCUACAUCGGCAGUCCACCCACCUGCAGGCCUGAGUGUGUGGUCAACUCUGACUGUGGCAGAAAUGAGGCCUGCAGCAACCAGAAAUGCAGAGACCCUUGUCCAGGAACUUGUGGAGUAGGAGCAAGAUGCCAAGUCAUCAACCAUAAUCCCAUCUGCAGCUGUCCCAGUGGUUUUACAGGAGACCCAUUCGUUAGAUGUCAGCCAAUCCCUCCUCCACAGCAGGCCCCUCCAACCAAUCCCUGUCAACCCUCACCUUGUGGUCCCAACUCUCAGUGCAAAGUGUCUGGAGACAGUCCAUCGUGUUCUUGCCUACCUGAUUUCAUUGGAACACCUCCCAGCUGUAGACCUGAGUGUGUGAGCAACAGCGAGUGUUCCAGUCACCUGGCCUGUAUCAACCUGAAGUGCAAGGAUCCUUGUCCAGGCACUUGUGGAGCCAAUGCUAUGUGCAGAGUCGUCAGUCAUACUCCACAAUGUGUCUGUGUGGUUGGCUACACUGGAGAUCCAUUUGUCCAGUGCACAUUGCAACAAGCUGAACCCAUACAAGAGGUAUCAACACCAUGUACACCUUCACCUUGUGGAUCAAACGCAGUCUGCAGAGAACAGAAUGGUGCAGGAGCCUGCACGUGUCUACCUGAUUACAUCGGCAACCCUUAUGAAGGAUGUCGACCUGAAUGUACCCUCAACACUGACUGUCCUUCCAACAGAGCAUGCAUCCGCAACAAAUGUCAGGACCCUUGCCCAGGAACUUGUGGACAGAAUGCUGACUGUCAGGUUGUCAACCACUUGCCAUUGUGUACUUGUCGAUCUGGCUACACUGGAGAUCCUUUCCGUUUCUGCAAUGUCAUGCCACCUCCACCUCCUGUGCAAGCAGAGCCAGUGAACCCUUGCAACCCAUCUCCAUGUGGACCCAACAGCCAGUGCAGGGAAGUGAAUGGACAAGCUGUGUGCUCUUGUCUGCCAACAUACAUAGGCCAGCCUCCAGGCUGCAGACCUGAGUGUGUUGUGAGCAGCGAGUGUCCAGCCAACCGAGCUUGUGUCAACCAGAAAUGUGUGGAUCCUUGCCCUGGCACUUGUGGUCAGAAUACCAGAUGUCAAGUUAUCAACCACAGUCCAAUAUGCAGCUGUAAUCCAGGCUUCACUGGUGAUCCAUUCUCCAGAUGUUUUCCCAUACCUCCUCCUCCUCCACUUCCAGCUGAUCCUAUUAUCAGAGAUCCGUGUGUACCAUCUCCUUGUGGACCUUACUCUCAAUGUCGGGAUAUUGGAGGCUCUCCAUCCUGCUCCUGCCUGCCAGAGUACACAGGCACUCCACCCAACUGUAGACCUGAGUGUGUCAUCAGUGCUGAGUGUGCCAGCAACCUUGCCUGCAUGAGGGAGAAAUGUAGAGACCCUUGUCCAGGAUCUUGUGGUGCUGGAGCCCAGUGCAGUGUCAUCAACCACACACCUAUCUGCACGUGUCCUGAGGGAUUCACUGGAGACCCUUUUACCAGCUGCUUCCCCAAACCUCCUGAUGUUGAGCCAGUACAAGCCAGUGACCCCUGCAACCCAUCUCCCUGUGGCCCCAACGCACAAUGUGCUGAUGGAGUCUGCACCUGUCUGCCAGAAUUCCAAGGAGAUCCUUACUCAGGAUGUAGGCCAGAGUGUGUCCUCAAUACCGACUGCCCAAGAGACCGAGCCUGUAUCCGCAACAAGUGUCAAGACCCUUGUCCUGGUACUUGUGGACAAAACGCUAUCUGUCAAGUUAUCAACCAUAUCCCGAUGUGCAGCUGUCCUCAGGGCAUGUCUGGCAAUCCAUUUGUGGAUUGUCGACCAAUGCAAGCUCCACCAGUGACACAGCCCUGUAACCCAUCUCCUUGUGGACCAUUCAGCCAGUGCAGAGAAGUGAAUGGCCAAGCUGUGUGCUCUUGUGUGCCUGGCUACAUCGGAAGUCCACCAGCCUGCAGACCUGAGUGUGUUGUCAACUCUGACUGUAACCUCAACCAAGCCUGUAGCAACCAGAAAUGCAGAGACCCUUGUCCAGGUACUUGUGGAGUGGGGGCAAGAUGUCAAGUCAUCAACCACAAUCCAAUCUGCAGCUGUCCUAAUGGCUUUACAGGAGACCCAUUUGUCAGAUGUCAGCCUAUUCCUCCUCCACAGCAGGCUCCACCAACCAACCCCUGUCAACCUUCACCUUGUGGUCCCAACUCUCAGUGCAAAGUGUCUGGAGACAGUCCAUCCUGUUCAUGUUUACCGGACUUUAUUGGAACACCUCCCAACUGUAGACCCGAGUGCGUGAGCAACAGCGAGUGUUCCAGUCACUUGGCCUGCAUCAACCAAAAGUGCAAGGAUCCUUGUCCAGGCACUUGUGGAGCCAAUGCUAUGUGCAGAGUUGUCAGUCACACUCCACAAUGUGUCUGUUUGGCUGGCUACAAUGGGGAUCCAUUCGUUCAGUGUAUUUUGCAACAAGCUGAACCUAUCCAAGAGGUAUCAACACCUUGCACGCCUUCACCUUGUGGAUCCAAUGCAGUUUGCAGAGAACAGAAUGGUGCAGGAGCCUGCACGUGUCUACCUGAUUACAUCGGCAACCCGUACGAAGGAUGUCGACCUGAGUGUACUCUCAACACAGACUGUGCUUCCAACAGAGCUUGCAUCCGCAACAAAUGUCAGGACCCUUGCCCAGGAACUUGUGGACAGAAUGCUGACUGUCAGGUUGUCAACCACUUGCCAUUGUGUACUUGUCGAUCUGGGUACACUGGAGAUCCUUUCCGUUACUGUAACAUCAUGCCACCUCCACCUCCUGUGCAAGCAGAGCCAGUGAACCCUUGCAACCCAUCUCCAUGUGGACCCAACAGCCAGUGCAGGGAAGUGAAUGGACAAGCUGUGUGCUCUUGUCUGCCAACGUACAUAGGUCAGCCUCCAGGCUGCAGACCUGAGUGUGUUGUGAGCAGCGAGUGUCCAGCUAACCGAGCUUGUGUCAACCAGAAAUGUGUGGAUCCUUGUCCUGGCACUUGUGGUCAGAAUACCAGAUGUCAAGUUAUCAAUCACAGUCCAAUAUGCAGUUGUAAUCCAGGCUUUACUGGUGAUCCAUUCUCAAGAUGUGUGCCUAUACCUCCACCUCCUCCACCUCCAGCUGAUCCUAUUAUCAGAGAUCCAUGUGUGCCAUCACCUUGUGGACCUUACUCUCAGUGUCGGGAUAUUGGAGGCUCUCCAUCCUGCUCCUGCCUGCCAGAGUACACAGGCACUCCGCCCAACUGUAGACCUGAGUGUGUCAUCAGUGCUGAGUGUGCCAGCAACCUUGCCUGCAUGAGGGAGAAGUGUAGAGACCCCUGUCCAGGAUCUUGUGGUGCUGGAGCCCAGUGCAGUGUCAUCAACCACACACCUAUCUGCACGUGUCCUGAGGGAUUCACUGGAGACCCUUUCACGAACUGCGUCCCCAAACCUCCUGAUGUUGAGCCGGUGCAAGCCAGUGACCCCUGCAACCCAUCUCCCUGUGGCCCCAAUGCCCAGUGUGCUGAUGGAGUCUGCACCUGCCUGCCAGAAUUCCAAGGAGAUCCUUACUCAGGAUGUAGACCAGAGUGUGUCCUCAACACCGACUGCCCAAGAGACCGAGCUUGUAUUCGCAACAAGUGUCAAGACCCUUGUCCUGGUACUUGUGGACAAAACGCUAUCUGUCAAGUUAUCAACCAUAUCCCGAUGUGCAGCUGUCCUCAGGGCAUGUCUGGCAAUCCAUUUGUUGAUUGCCGUCCAAUGCAAGCUCCAGUAGUAACACAGCCCUGCAACCCGUCUCCUUGUGGACCAUACAGUCAGUGUAGAGAGAUCAACGGACAAGCUGUGUGCUCUUGUGUGCCUGGCUACAUCGGCAGUCCACCCACCUGCAGGCCUGAGUGUGUGGUCAACUCUGACUGUGGCAGAAAUGAGGCCUGCAGCAACCAGAAGUGUAGAGACCCUUGUCCAGGAACUUGUGGAGUGGGAGCAAGAUGCCAAGUCAUCAAUCAUAAUCCCAUCUGCAGCUGUCCCAAUGGUUUUACAGGAGACCCAUUUGUCAGAUGUCAGACCAUUCCUCCUCCACAGCAAGCCCCACCAACCAACCCCUGUCAACCCUCACCUUGUGGUCCUAACUCUCAAUGCAAAGUGACCGGAGAUAGUCCAUCCUGUUCCUGCCUGCCUGAAUACAUUGGAACUCCUCCCAACUGUAGACCUGAGUGUGUGAGCAACAGCGAGUGUUCCAGUCACCUGGCCUGCAUCAAUCAGAAGUGCAAGGAUCCUUGUCCAGGCACUUGUGGAGCCAAUGCUAUGUGCAGAGUCGUCAGUCAUACUCCACAAUGUGUCUGUGUGGUUGGAUACACUGGAGAUCCUUUUGUCCAAUGUAUUCUACAACAAGCUGAACCUAUCCAAGAGGUAUCAACACCAUGUACACCUUCUCCUUGUGGAUCUAACGCAGUUUGCAGAGAACAGAAUGGUGCAGGAGCCUGCACGUGUCUACCUGAUUACAUUGGCAACCCCUAUGAAGGAUGUCGACCUGAGUGUACCCUUAACACUGAUUGUCCUUCCAACAGAGCUUGCAUCCGCAACAAAUGUCAGGACCCUUGCCCAGGAACUUGUGGACAGAAUGCUGACUGUCAGGUUGUCAACCACUUGCCAUUGUGUACUUGUCGACCUGGCUACACUGGAGACCCUUUCCGCUUCUGUAAUGUCAUGCCUCCUCCAUCUCCUGUACAAGCAGAGCCUGUAAACCCUUGCAACCCAUCUCCAUGUGGACCCAACAGCCAGUGCAGGGAAGUGAAUGGACAAGCUGUGUGCUCUUGUCUGCCAACUUACAUAGGCCAGCCUCCAGGCUGCAGACCUGAGUGUGUUGUGAGCAGCGAGUGUCCAGCCAACCGAGCUUGUGUUAACCAGAAAUGUGUGGAUCCAUGUCCUGGCACUUGUGGUCAGAAUACCAGAUGUCAAGUUAUCAACCACAGUCCUAUCUGCAGCUGUAAUCAGGGUUUUACUGGUGAUCCUUUCUCCAGAUGUUUCCCUGUGCCUCCUCCACCACCACCACCAGCUGAUCCUAUUAUCAGAGAUCCAUGUGUACCGUCACCUUGUGGACCUUACUCUCAAUGUCGGGAUAUUGGAGGCUCUCCAUCCUGCUCCUGCAUGCCAGAGUACACAGGCACUCCACCCAACUGUAGACCUGAGUGUGUCAUCAGUGCUGAGUGUGCCAGCAACCUUGCCUGCAUGAGGGAGAAGUGUAGAGACCCCUGUCCAGGAUCUUGUGGUGCUGGAGCCCAGUGCAGUGUCAUCAACCACACACCUAUCUGCACGUGUCCUGAGGGAUUCACUGGAGACCCUUUCACCAACUGCUUCCCCAAACCUCCUGAUGUUGAGCCAGUACAAGCCAGUGACCCCUGCAACCCAUCUCCCUGUGGCCCCAACGCCCAGUGUGCUGAUGGAGUCUGCACCUGUCUACCAGAAUUCCAAGGAGAUCCUUACUCAGGAUGUAGACCAGAGUGUGUUCUCAACACCGACUGCCCAAGGGACCGAGCUUGUAUUCGCAACAAGUGUCAAGACCCUUGUCCUGGAACUUGUGGACAAAAUGCUGUCUGUCAAGUCAUCAAUCACAUCCCCAUGUGCAGCUGUCCUCAGGGCAUGUCUGGCAAUCCAUUUGUUGAUUGCCGUCCAAUGCAAGCUCCUGUAGUAACACAGCCCUGCAACCCGUCACCUUGUGGACCAUACAGUCAGUGUAGAGAGAUCAAUGGACAGGCUGUGUGCUCUUGUGUGCCUGGCUACAUCGGCAGUCCACCCACCUGCAGGCCUGAGUGUGUGGUCAACUCUGACUGUGGCAGGAAUGAAGCCUGCAGCAACCAGAAGUGUAGGAACCCUUGUCCUGGAACUUGUGGUGUAGGGGCAAGAUGUGAAGUGGUCAACCACAACCCCAUCUGUAGCUGUCCACCUCGCUUCACUGGCGACCCUUUCAUCAGAUGCACACAAAUAGUUGUAUCCCAGACACCACCAGAACCACAAAACCCCUGUCUCCCCUCACCAUGUGGGCCAUUCUCGGAGUGUAGAGUGUCUGGAGACAGUCCAUCCUGCUCCUGCCUGACAGAAUACAUCGGAACUCCUCCCAACUGUAGACCUGAGUGUGUGAGCAACAGCGAGUGUUCCAGUCACCUGGCCUGCAUCAACCAGAAGUGUAAGGAUCCUUGUCCAGGCACUUGUGGAGCCAAUGCUAUGUGCAGAGUUGUCAGUCACACUCCACAGUGUGUCUGUGUGGUUGGCUACACUGGAGAUCCAUUCGUCCAAUGUAUUCUGCAACAAGCUGAACCUAUCCAAGAGGUAUCAACUCCAUGCACACCUUCACCUUGUGGAUCCAAUGCAGUCUGCAGAGAACAGAAUGGUGCAGGAGCCUGCACAUGUCUACCUGACUACAUCGGCAACCCUUACGAAGGAUGUCGACCUGAGUGUACUCUCAACACAGACUGCCCUUCCAACAGAGCUUGUAUUCGCAACAAAUGUCAGGACCCUUGCCCAGGAACAUGUGGACAGAAUGCUGACUGUCAGGUUGUCAACCACUUGCCAUUGUGUACUUGUCGACCUGGCUACACUGGAGAUCCUUUCCGUUUCUGCAAUGUCAUGCCUCCUCCAUCUCCUGUGCAAGCUGAGCCAGUGAACCCUUGCAAUCCAUCUCCAUGUGGACCCAACAGCCAGUGCAGGGAAGUGAAUGGACAAGCUGUGUGCUCUUGUCUGCCAACAUACAUAGGCCAGCCCCCAGGCUGCAGACCUGAGUGUGUUGUGAGCAGUGAGUGUCCAGCCAACCGAGCUUGUGUCAACCAGAAAUGUGUGGAUCCUUGUCCUGGUACUUGUGGUCAGAAUACUAGAUGUCAGGUCAUCAACCACAGUCCUAUCUGCAGCUGCAAUCAAGGUUUCACUGGUGAUCCUUUCUCCAGAUGUUUCCCUGUACCUCCACCUCCACCACCUCCAGCUGAUCCUAUUAUCAGAGAUCCAUGUGUGCCGUCACCUUGUGGACCUUACUCUCAGUGUCGGGAUAUUGGAGGCUCUCCAUCCUGCUCCUGUCUGCCAGAGUACACAGGCACUCCACCCAACUGUAGACCUGAGUGUGUCAUCAGUGCUGAGUGUGCCAGCAACCUUGCCUGCAUGAGGGAGAAGUGUAGAGACCCCUGUCCAGGAUCUUGUGGUGCUGGAGCCCAGUGCAGUGUCAUCAACCACACACCUAUCUGCACAUGUCCUGAGGGAUUCACUGGAGACCCUUUCACCAAUUGCUUCCCCAAACCUCCUGAUGUUGAACCAGUACAAGCUAGUGAUCCAUGCAACCCAUCUCCCUGUGGCCCCAAUGCGCAGUGUGCUGAUGGACUCUGCACCUGUCUGCCUGAAUUCCAAGGUGACCCUUAUUCAGGAUGUCGGCCAGAGUGUGUCCUCAACACCGACUGUCCAAGAAAUCGAGCGUGUAUCCGCAACAAGUGUCAAGAUCCUUGUCCUGGAACAUGUGGACAAGGAGCAAAUUGUGAAGUCAUCAAUCACAUUCCCAUGUGUACAUGCCCAUCAGGAAUGUCUGGAAACCCAUUUGUUCAGUGCAGCCCAUUUGAAGCUCCAGUAGUAACACAGCCCUGCAACCCAUCUCCUUGUGGACCAUACAGUCAGUGUAGAGAGAUCAAUGGACAGGCUGUGUGCUCUUGUGUGCCUGGCUACAUCGGCAGUCCACCCACCUGCAGGCCUGAGUGUGUGGUCAACUCUGACUGUGGCAGGAAUGAAGCCUGCAGCAACCAGAAGUGUAGGAACCCUUGUCCUGGAACUUGUGGUGUAGGGGCAAGGUGUGAAGUGGUCAACCACAACCCCAUCUGUAGCUGUCCACCUCGCUUCACUGGAGACCCAUUUGUCAGAUGCCAACAAUUACCUGAAAUCCAAGCAACGCCUGUUCCCCAAAAUCCCUGCGUACCUUCACCAUGUGGACCAUUCUCGCAAUGCAGAGUGUCAGGUGACAGUCCAUCCUGUUCUUGCCUUCCUGACUACAUCGGAACUCCUCCCAACUGUAGACCCGAGUGUGUGAGCAACAGCGAGUGUUCCAGCCACCUGGCCUGCAUCAACCAGAAGUGCAAGGAUCCUUGUCCAGGCACUUGUGGAGCCAAUGCUAUGUGUAGAGUUGUCAGUCACACUCCACAGUGCUUCUGUGUGGAAGGAUUUACAGGAAAUCCAUUCACCGGAUGCACCGUCGUUCAGUCCAUUCCUCAAGAGGUAUCAACACCAUGCACACCUUCGCCAUGUGGUGCUAACGCAGUCUGCAGAGAACAGAAUGGUGCAGGAGCCUGCACGUGUCUACCUGAUUACAUCGGCAACCCUUACGAAGGAUGUCGACCUGAGUGUACUCUCAACACAGACUGUGCUUCCAACAGAGCUUGUAUCCGCAACAAAUGUCAGGACCCUUGCCCGGGAACUUGUGGACAGAAUGCUGACUGUCAGGUUGUCAACCACUUGCCAUUGUGUACUUGUCGAUCUGGGUACACUGGAGAUCCUUUCCGCUACUGUAACGUCAUGCCUCCUCCACCUCCUGUACAAGCUGAGCCAGUGAACCCUUGUAACCCAUCUCCAUGUGGACCCAACAGCCAGUGCAGGGAAGUGAAUGGACAAGCUGUGUGCUCUUGUCUGCCAACAUACAUAGGCCAGCCUCCAGGCUGCAGACCUGAGUGUGUUGUGAGCAGCGAGUGUCCAGCCAACCGAGCUUGUGUGAACCAGAAGUGUGUGGAUCCUUGUCCUGGCACUUGCGGACAGAAUACUAGAUGUGAAGUCAUCAACCACAGUCCAAUUUGCUCCUGUAAUCCAGGUUUCACCGGUGAUCCAUUCUCCAGAUGUUUCCCCAUUCCUCCUCCUCCCCCCCAACAGUUACCACCUGUAUACGUCAAUCCUUGCAUGCCUUCACCUUGUGGGCCGAACUCUCAGUGCCGAGAUAUUGGUGGAAAUCCAUCAUGUUCUUGCCUGCCGGAGUAUCAAGGAACACCUCCUAACUGCCGACCGGAAUGUACAAUCAAUCAAGACUGCCCCAGCAACCAAGCCUGCAUGAGGGAGAAGUGUAGAGACCCUUGUCCAGGAUCUUGUGGAGCUGGAGCCCAGUGCAACGUCAUCAACCACACACCUGUCUGCACAUGUCCUGAGGGCUACACUGGGGAUCCCUUCACCAGCUGCUUCCCCAAACCUCCUGAUGUUGAGCCAGUACAAGCCAGUGACCCUUGCAAUCCAUCACCAUGUGGGCCAAAUGCACAAUGCAACAACGGAAUCUGCACCUGUCUACCGGAAUAUCAAGGAGAUCCUUACUCAGGAUGUAGGCCAGAGUGUGUCAUCAACACUGACUGUCCAAGAGACCGAGCCUGUAUCCGCAACAAGUGUCAGGAUCCUUGUCCUGGUACUUGUGGACAAGGAGCUCAAUGCGAUGUCAUCAACCAUAUUCCUAUCUGUAGCUGUCCUCAAGGAAUGUCUGGCAAUCCUUUCGUCCAAUGUCAACCCAUGCAAGCUCCACCAGUAACACAGCCUUGUAACCCAUCUCCUUGCGGACCAUUCAGCCAGUGCAGAGAAGUGAAUGGCCAAGCUGUGUGCUCUUGUGUGCCUGGCUACAUCGGAAGUCCACCAGCCUGUAGACCUGAGUGUGUGGUCAACUCUGACUGUAAUCUCAACCAAGCAUGUAGCAACCAGAAAUGCAGAGACCCUUGUCCAGGAACUUGUGGAGUGGGGGCAAGAUGUCAAGUCAUCAACCACAAUCCCAUCUGUAGUUGCCCUAACGGUUUCACAGGAGACCCAUUCGUCAGAUGUCAGCCCAUUCCUCCUCCACAGCAGGCCCCACCAACCAAUCCCUGUCAACCUUCACCUUGUGGUCCUAACUCACAGUGCAGAGUGUCUGGAGACAGUCCAUCCUGUUCCUGUCUGCCUAACUUUAUCGGAACACCUCCCAACUGUAGACCCGAGUGUGUCAGCAACAGUGACUGUACCUACAACUUGGCCUGCAUCAACCAGAAGUGUGCUGAUCCUUGUCCAGGCACUUGUGGUGCUAAUGCUGAGUGUAGAGUAGUUAGCCAUUCACCUCAGUGUGUCUGUGUGGUAGGCUACACUGGAGAUCCUUUCUCUUUCUGCAGUCUUCAACAAGCUGAACCCAUUCCUGUAGAAAGGCCUACACCUUGCAUCCCAUCCCCUUGUGGAUCAAACGCAGUCUGCAGAGAACAGAAUGGUGCAGGAGCCUGCACGUGUCUACCUGAUUACGUCGGCAAUCCUUACGAAGGCUGUAGACCUGAGUGUACCCUCAACACUGAUUGUCCUUCCAACAGAGCUUGCAUAAGAAACAAAUGUCAGGAUCCUUGCCCAGGAACUUGUGGACAGAAUGCUGACUGUCAGGUUGUCAACCAUUUGCCAUUGUGUACUUGUCGAUCUGGCUACACUGGAGAUCCUUUCCGGUACUGCAACGUCAUGCCUCCUCCACCUCCUGUACAAGCAGAGCCAGUGAACCCUUGCAACCCAUCUCCAUGUGGACCCAACAGCCAGUGCAGGGAAGUGAAUGGACAAGCUGUGUGCUCUUGUCUGCCAACUUACAUAGGCCAGCCUCCAGGCUGCAGACCUGAGUGUGUUGUGAGCAGCGAGUGUCCAGCCAACCGAGCUUGUGUCAACCAGAAGUGUGUGGAUCCUUGUCCUGGCACUUGUGGUCAAAAUACUAUAUGUCAAGUUAUCAAUCACAGUCCAAUCUGCAGCUGCAAUCCAGGCUUCACUGGAGAUCCUUUCUCCAGAUGUUUCCCUGUGCCUCCACCUCCACCACCACCAGCAGAUCCUAUAAUCAGAGAUCCGUGUGUACCAUCUCCUUGUGGACCCAACUCUCAGUGUAGAGACAUCGGCGGGUCGCCUUCAUGUUCCUGUCUACCUGACUAUCAAGGAACCCCACCAAACUGCCGACCAGAGUGUACUAUCAACCCAGACUGUCCUAGUAACCAAGCCUGUAUGCGGCAGAAGUGUAGAGACCCUUGUCCAGGAUCUUGUGGUGCUGGAGCCCAGUGCAAUGUCAUCAACCACACACCCGUCUGCACAUGUCCUGAGGGCUACACUGGGGAUCCCUUCACCAGUUGCUUCCCCAAACCUCCUGAUGUUGAGCCAGUACAAGCCAGUGACCCUUGCAAUCCAUCACCAUGUGGGCCAAAUGCACAAUGCAACAACGGAAUCUGCACCUGUCUACCGGAAUAUCAAGGAGAUCCUUACUCAGGAUGUAGGCCAGAGUGUGUCAUCAACACUGACUGUCCAAGAGACCGAGCCUGUAUCCGCAACAAGUGUCAGGAUCCUUGUCCUGGAACUUGUGGACAAGGGAGCUCAAUGCGAUGUCAUCAACCAUAUUCCUAUCUGCAGCUGUCCUCAAGGAAUGUCUGGCAAUCCUUUCGUCCAAUGUCAACCCAUGCAAGCUCCUCCAGUGACUCAGCCCUGUAACCCAUCUCCUUGUGGACCAUUCAGCCAGUGCAGAGAGGUGAAUGGCCAAGCUGUAUGCUCUUGUGUGCCUGGCUACAUCGGAAGUCCUCCAGCCUGCAGACCUGAGUGUGUGGUCAACUCUGACUGUAAUCUCAACCA